AAGCGCUUACACCAUACCAUAUAUUCACAUAAGAAAAUAAAAAAGAUGAUAUAUUUGUAAGAGCAAAGAAACAAGUAGAUCGAAGAAAAUGGAGUCAGAAGCACCUAAACAUGUUCACUUUGUGUUAUUUCCACUUAUGUCCCCAGGACACAUGCUUCCAAUGAUAGACAUAGCAAAAACAUUAACACAACACAAAAACAUCAUCGUCACCAUUGUCACUACCCCACACAACGCUUCUCGUUUCUCACAUAUUUUCUCUCAAAAUCUCCGAUUACUUCAACUUCAAUUCCCAUCUCAAGAUCAUGGCUUUCCACAAGGUUGUGAGAAUUUCGACAUGCUUCCUUCAAUGUCUAUGGCUUACACUUUCUUUACCGUUUCAAAUACUCUUCUACAACAACAAGCACAACAAGCUUUUCAAAAUUUAACACCAAAACCAAAUUGCAUUAUCUCUGAUUUUAGUUUUCCCUACACUUCUCAAAUCGCUGCUAAAUUCAACAUUCCAAGAAUUUCCUUUUAUGGGGUUAGUUGUUUUUGUCUUGUUUGGCACAAAAAUUUGUUAAUUUCUAAUGUUAUGGAAAACAUAGAAAAAGAUUCUGAGUCUUUUUUUAUACCUGAAAUUCCUCACAAAAUUGAGAUCACAAAAGCACAGUAUCCAUCAUCAAAUGAUGGAAAUUGGAAGGAAUUUGUUGGUAAAAUGGUUGAAGCUGAAAUGGGUUCUUAUGGUGUUGUUGUGAAUUCUUUUGAGGAAUUGGAACAAGAAUAUGUAAGUGAUUAUAAGAAAAGUAUGAAUGAUAAAGUUUGGUGUGUUGGUCCUGUUUCACUUAGAAAUAAUAGUAAUAAUUUAGAUAUGGCUAAGAGAGGAAACAAUAACAAUAAGGAUUCAAAUUCAAUUGAUUGUUUAAAGUGGCUUGAUUUGCAAAAGCCAAAUUCUGUUAUUUAUGUAUGUUUUGGAAGUAUAUGUAAUUUAAAUGCUUUGCAAUUCAUAGAGCUUGGUAUGGGAUUAGAAGCAUGUGAAAAACCAUUUAUUUGGGUUAUUAGAGAAAGGAAUCAAACAGAAGAGUUGAAUAAAUGGUUCGACGAAUCGGGUUUUGAGGAAAGGAUUAAAGGAAAAGGGAUUUUGAUAAAAGGUUGGGCUCCUCAAGUAUUGAUACUAUCACAUUGUUCAGUUGGAGGUUUUUUGACACAUUGUGGUUGGAACUCGACAUUAGAAGCGAUAUGUAGUGGUGUGCCGAUGAUUACGUGGCCGUUAUUUGGAGAUCAGUUUUUUAAUGAAAGAUUUGUUGUGGAAAUAUUGAGAGUCGGAGUGAUGGUUGGAGUGGUGAGUCCUGUAAAUUGGGGAGAGGAAGAGAAUGUUGGUGUGUUGGUGAAGAAAGAACAUGUUUUGAGAGCUAUAGAGAAGUUGAUGGAUGAAGGGAAUUAUGAAAGUGAAGAGAGGAGAAAAAGGGCUAAAGAGCUUGCAAAGAUGGCUAAGAAAAGUGUAGAAGAAGGAGGAUCUUCUCACUUUAAUGUCAAUCUAUUAAUCCAAGAUAUCCUUCAACACUCCAACAAAGGAGAUUGAUGUUGCUUACAACUUUUUCUUUUGUUGAAAAUGCUAUCAAUUAGUUCAAUUAAACUUGUAGGUAAGUUCCUUUGUCUAGCAACAAUAUGGUAAAAUUUAUAUAUUGGCAUUAGAUAGAUUACUUUGUAAGACAAUCAAAGAUUAAAAUUGAGUGAGGCUAAAUAGCAAAUUAUUAUACAAAAUCCCAAAAGAUAUGUAGCCAAAAUUAUUAUACAAAUUUAUUAGAAAAAUCAAAUAUACUUUUUUUUUAAAGGCUCCUUGUCA